AUUCGUUUACGUUGGUGAAUAUCUCGACCUUUCUUUUUUCUCUGGUUUAUUUGGAAAUCCCUCUUGUAUUUGAAUGUAUUCUUAUUCCUUCAUACAGAUCGAUCCCCGUCUCUGUUUGCUCAUCGAAGUUUCCAAUGUUCAUCGAUCGUCUUCAAACGUGGACGUGUUUGUUUGCAUCUUCGAUCUCCGAUCACUGAGGUAGGAUCGAUUCGUGUAGUGUUUUUUUUUUCCAGUGAGUGCGGAAGUGAAGCAGCACCAGCAGCCAGGUCGGAGAUCUGGAAAAGGGUUCAUAUCGGAGUGUUUGGACCGAUGGAACUUGAGGGAAAUUGAGGGAAAGUGUGAGAAAGUGUGAGAAUAUGAAGUUUUACAUAUCGGCGACGGCGAUUAAGAAAGUCACUAUACCGAGUCCCGGCGCAGGAUUCGGAAAGGGGGGAGGCGGAGGAGUGGCGGUGGCGACCGGGAUGAGGAGGUUUCCUAGUCGCACGGCUUUGCUGGUGCUCCUACUGCUUCUCGCCGUCGUGCUCCCUUUUCUUUUGGUCAGGAUCGCGUUUCUCGUCCUCGAAUCUGCCUCUGCUUGCGAUUCUCCUCUCGAUUGCAUGGGAUGGAGACUCUUCCGUGGAGGCGACGCAUCUCUAAAAGUCGGGGAGGAGCUGAUUCGAGCGCUUGUGGAAGAAACAGAUAAUGACGGUAAGAGAAGUGGAAAUGAGGGUUCGUUGGAGUCAUUCAAUGACCUUGUCAAGGAGAUGACGUCAAAACGCCGCGAUAUUAGGGCCUUUGCUUCCGUCACUAAGAAAAUGCUGAUGGAGAUGGAACGCAAAGUUCAAUCAUCAAAACAGCAUGAGAUGAUUUACUGGCACUUAGCCUCGCACGGUGUUCCCAAGAGCCUACACUGCCUCACCCUCAGACUAACUGAAGAGUACUCUAUAAAUUCAAUGGCUCGUGCUCGUUUCCCUCCACCAGAAUUCGUCUCUCGCCUCACUGAUCCAUCCUUUCACCAUGUUGUUAUGUUGACCGAUAACGUUCUUGCUGCCUCCGUUGUCAUCUCUUCUACCAUAAAAAAUGCUGUAAAUCCCGAGAAGUUUGUCUUUCAUAUUGUCACCGAUAAGAAAACUUAUACUCCGAUGCACGCUUGGUUUGCCAUCAACUCUGUUUCAUCACCGGUUGUUGAAGUGAAGGGACUUCAUCAGUUUGAUUGGCCUCAGGAGGUGAAUUUGAGAGUGAAAGAGAUGCUAGAGAUUCAUCGCUUGAUUUGGAGACGGCAUUACAGAAACUUGAAAGAAGUUGGCUUCGGUUCCAUUGAUGGCCAUAAGCAAUCCUUACAAGCUCUAAGCCCUGGUUGCCUCUCCCUUUUGAACCAUCUUCGCAUAUACAUUCCCAAGCUCUUUCCAGAUCUCAACAAGAUAGUGUUGUUGGAUGAUGAUGUAGUAGUACAACGAGACAUUUCAUCUUUGUGGGAAACGGAUCUCAACGGUAAAGUUGUUGGUGCAGUUUUCGGCUCGUGGUGCGGAGAAAACUGCUGCCCAGGAAGAAAGUACAAAGACUAUUUCAACUUCUCGCAUCCACUCAUAUCGUCAAGCUUCUAUCCAAAUCACUGCGCAUGGCUUUCGGGCAUGAAUGUCUUCGAUCUCCAAGCCUGGAGGCAAACCAAUAUCACAGAAGCAUACUUCACGUCAUUAAGGCUUAGCCUGAGUUCCGGUCUGGAAAUGUGGAAACCAGGAGCUCUACCACCGGCAUUACUCGCUUUCAAAGAUCAGGUACACGGUCUGGACCCAUCAUGGCACGUGGCUGGACUGGGAUCCCGAUCCAUGGAAGCCCCUAAAGAGGUUAUAGAAGCUGCAGCCGUGGUGCAUUUCAGCAACCCUGCAAAGCCAUGGUUCGAGAUCGGUAACCCGGAGGUAAGACCCCUCUGGUUCCGACAUGUAAAUUCAUCUGACAGAUUCAUCAGAAAGUGCAAGGUCCUCAGCUAAUGAGCGUUAAAAAGGCAAAGGCCCCCCCUCUCUAUAGGAACAAGGAAGAAACGGAGAAAAAUGGCAAAAGAAGAAAAGCCGAGAAAGUCUCUGUGGUGUGAGAACGAAGGGAAGAAGUUUCGGCCUUCAGCCUCCUCUCAUACUCCAUGUCCAUACACUUAGAGAAACUACACACACAUACAUAUAUACACACAUAUGUACACACUUCUUCAUUAUUAACCCAAAAUCUGAAGAGGAGGCUUUAUAUUUGGACA